AUGAGCCUGGUGGCCUGCGAGGGUCCGCCUGGCCCUGGGCUGGAGCCGGAGCUCUGCUCACGAGCACGGUCCCAGGCCUCCGUGUUCCUCGAGCAGAUUCGAAACCGGGUGGCACCAGCAGCCCCUGAAAUGACGAAGCGUGACUACCUGGUGGAUGCAGCCACGCAAAUCCGGCUGGCCCUGGAGCGCGAUGUCAGCGAGGAUUACGAGGCGGCCUUCAACCACUACCAGAACGGCGUGGACGUCCUGCUCCGGGGCGUGCAUGUCGACCCCAACAAGGAGCGGCGUGAGGCUGUAAAGCUGAAAAUAACCAAGUACCUGCGGCGGGCAGAGGAGAUCUUCAACUGCCACCUGCAGAAGGCGCUGGGCAACGGAACCACCCCCGGCACGGGUUUCAGCAGCCUAAGGCUCCGGCCCAUCCGCACACUGAGCUCUGCCCUGGAGCAGCUGAGGGGCUGCCGGGUGGUCGGGGUCAUCGAGAAGGUGCAGCUGGUCCAGGACCCAACGAGUGGAGGGACCUUCGUGGUGAAGAGCCUGUCCAGGUGCCACGUGGCCAGCCGGGAGAGGCUGACCAUCAUCCCUCACGGUGUCCCCUACAUGACAAAGCUGCUGCGCUACUUCGUCAGCGAGGACUCCAUCUUCCUGCACCUGGAGCAUGUGCAAGGGGGCACGCUCUGGUCCCACCUGCUCUCCCAGGCACGCCCCCAACCAGCUGGACUCAGGCCUGGCACCAGCCUGGAGAGGACGAAGGCGCAGCUCAACUCCGGCCUCAGCCUCCGGACCCCAGCACGGCUUCCCCCAAGCCACACCUGCCUCCAGGACAGAAGGCCCCUGGGGCCUCCUCGGACUUCUUGGAGUCUCCCCACAGCCAGGGAGGCCCCAUCCCAGAGAGAAGCUGAAGGUGACCCCUCAGCCAGGACCGGCGCUUCCUGCCGCUCAGAUCUUCCAAAGGCCGCAACUGGCCGCCUGCCCCCUCCAGGCAGGCGGGGACCUGGCCAGAACUCGGACACAGGGUCCCCUUGGGGCCUCUCUUGGGUUCGAGAGGGGGCUGGCCGGGUGUUGGGGGGCUGUGGCCAAGGCAGAGGUCAGAGCCGCCCCUUGUCGGAGGGAGCCGGUCUGAGGCCUGGCGGGGGUGCCUGGCGCGUGAGAGAAGAGCAGGCGAGGCAGUGGGCAGCUGAGAUGCUGGUGGCACUGGAGGCGCUGCACGAGCAGGGGGUGCUGUGCCGGGACCUCAAUCCCCGGAACCUGCUCCUGGACCAGGCAGGUCACGUCCGGCUCACGUAUUUCGGCCAGUGGUCGGAGGUGGAGCCGCAGUGCUGCAGGGAGGCUUUGGACAACCUCUACUGUGCUCCAGAGGUGGGUGGGAUUUCUGAGCCGACGGAAGCCUGCGACUGGUGGAGCUUUGGGUCUCUGCUGUAUGAAUUGCUGACGGGAACGGCACUGUCCCUGAGCCACCCCUCAGGAUUCCAGUCCCACACCCAGCUUCAGCUGCCUGAAUGGCUCAGUCGCCCGGCGGCCUCCCUGCUGACUGAGCUGCUGCAGUUUGAUCCUGCCCGGCGCCUGGGCACUGGAGGAGGUGGUGUCAACAAACUCAAGUCUCAUCCUUUCUUCAGUACUGUCCAGUGGAACAAACUGGUGGGGUAAAA